AUGGCUACAGUAGGUCCAGUUAGACGCCCAGCGUCGGUUCUAAUCAUUGUGAUAUCACUGCUGGCGGUUGUUUAUCUGUUGUUCUCGCCAUUUUCCCAGCCAUCAACAUCAGUUUCAGCCAUUCCACGUGUUAUCCAACAGAAUAAUGCCGGCAAGGGAACUACUGCGGAAAAAUACAUCAAAAAUCAUAAAAUGAACUCAUUAGCAGCUACAGCCAAGUCUGCUGAUAAUAAUGAAAAAGUCUUGAUUUUGACUCCUUUGGCUCGAUUCUAUCCUGAAUACUGGGAGAAUCUUCUUAAAUUGACAUACCCACGUAAGCUUGUCGAGCUUGGAUUCAUUGUGCCACGAAGCUCACAAGGUGACGAAGUGCUGAAAUCUCUUAACAAGGCUGUUAACAAAGUCCAAUCCAGCUCUAAGAAAGACGAACGUUUUGCCAAGAUCACUAUUCUUCGUCAAGAUACUGAGUCUUUGGAUUCUCAGAGCGAAAAGGAUAGACACGCUCUUAGCGUUCAAAAGAAGAGAAGAGCACAAAUGUCGUUGGCUCGUAACUCACUUUUAUUCACUACUAUUGAUGCUGAUACAUCGUGGGUUCUUUGGCUUGACAGCGACAUUGUCGAGUCUCCACCUACCUUGAUCCAAGAUUUGGCUCGUCAUGACAAGGACCUCAUUGUCGCCAAUUGUUUCCAGAGAUAUACUACUGACGACGGCAAGCCUGAUAUUCGUCCAUAUGAUUUUAACUCAUGGCAGGAGUCUGAUACCGCUCGUGAACUCAUGUCCAAGAUGGGCGACGAUGAAAUCAUUCUCGAGGGAUACGCUGAGAUGGCCACUUACAGAGUUCUGAUGGCCCAUAUCUACAACGCGAAAGAUGAUAUUCACACCGAACUGCCCCUGGACGGAGUCGGAGGCACUGCAUUACUAGUCAAGGCCGACGUCCACCGUGACGGUGCCAUGUUCCCUCCAUUCCCCUUCUACCACCUAAUGGAGACCGAGGGUUUCGCAAAGAUGGCAAAGAGACUUGGCUACCAGGCUUUCGGCCUGCCAAACUACCUCGUUUAUCAUUAUAAUGAAUAG